AUGGCUUCCAUCGCAUCCCAAAUCGCCCGCCCCUCCAUCCGUCAUUUCUCGGCUCACCGUCCUCGUCCUGACUCUCGUGCUGCUCGCGCUGUCGCUAUGGGUUGCAUAGUAUCCGGUGUGGUACUUCCAUUUGUCCCACCUGCUCUGGAAAGCUCGCGACAGCGGAGCUCGGGCAUAGCUACUAGCGCCAAGAACCCCCCACUUUGCUUCCAUGCGCGCUAG